AUGUCUUGCUACCUUCUGCCUCAAGGGAUAACAAAGAACCUAACGAGCGCUGUCUCGCGGUUCUGGUGGAGUACUAAACUCAACAAUAGAGGCCUUCAUUGGGUGGCCUGGGACAAAAUAUGUGUACCGUUGGAAGAGGGCGGACUUGGGUUCCGUGAUUUUCAUGAUUUUAACCUCGCCCUCCUAGCGAAACAGAUGUGGAGACUUCUCAAGUACCCUCACUCUCUACUGGCCAGAGUACUUAAAGGACGGUAUUAUAGACACUCUAGUCCUAUGACGGUCGGGAGGGCCAAUAACCCUUCCUAUGGAUGGCGAAGUAUCUUAGCCUCAAAACCAGUUCUGCAGCAAGGCCUUCGAAAGAGGAUUGGGAAUGGACAUGAUACUAAAGAGUGGGAAGAGCCAUGGCUCCCCACGAAACCAGCGCGUCCUCCUAACAAUAUUGCUUUCCCUCGAGAUGAGGAGCUACGGGUAUACCAUCUUAUAGAUGCGAAUGCGAUGACAUGGAAACUAGACCUGCUGAGGCUUUUUGUUGCAGAAGAGGACAUACCCCAUAUAGUUUCGCUCCGGGUGAGCAGAACAGGGCGCCCCGAUAGCUUCAGUUGGGACUUUACAAAGUCUGGAUUAUACACAGUUAAGUCGGGAUACUCGGUUGCACAUGACAUGCGCCUCAGAGCAGGAAGCCACAUAGCCGCAUAA